UCGACAUGUCUAUAAGUUAGAUAGAAAAGCAAAUGAUUUGGUCUAUAUAUGGUUAAGUACACACACAACACGAGUCUUAGAAUUUUGUGGUGAAUGAGAGAGUCAACAUUAAUGGAGAUAGUCAGAAGAAGAAGAACUAUCUCCUUCUCCUUCUCCUUCUCCUUCAUCUUCUUAAUUCUCUUCUCUUUUAACGUUAUCUUUCUCGUCGGAGCGAAAAAUUCUCACGACGGUGACAAUAAUGUGACGGCCUUGUUCCUCUUCGGAGACUCUUUCUUGGAUGCGGGAAACAACAAUUACAUAAACACCACAACACUUGACCAAGCUAAUUUUCCACCUUAUGGUCAAUCAUUCUUUGGCCUCCCCACCGGAAGAUUCUCCGACGGUCGUCUCAUCUCCGACUUCAUCGCGGAAUAUGCGAAUUUGCCGUUAAUUCCGCCGUUUUUGGAACCGGGAAAUAGUCAAAAGAAGCUUUACGGCGUCAACUUUGCGUCUGCUGGUGCUGGUGCUCUUGUAGAAACGUUCCAAGGUUCGGUGAUAAAUUUGAGAACACAAUUGGAUCACUACAAGAAAGUGGGGAGAUUGUGGAGGACAAGAUUUGGUAAAGAAGAAAGCAAGAAGAGAAUCUCAAGAGCUGUCUAUUUGAUAAGCGUUGGGAGCAAUGACUACUCAAGCCUUUUCCUGACCAAUCAAUCUCUUUCCAUUUCAAUGUCUCAACAUGUUGACAUUGUCAUUGGUAAUCUGACUACAUUCAUUCAUGAUAUAUACAAGAUUGGAGGACGUAAAUUUGGGUUCUUGAAUGUGCCGGACUUGGGUUGUUUUCCGGCUUUACGGAUACUACAACCAAAGAGUGAUUCUUGCUUAAGAGAUGCUUCAAGAUUAGCAAACAUGCAUAACAAAGCUCUGAGUAAUCUCCUGUUUAAGAUGCAAAGACAAGUGAAGGGCUUCAAGUUCUCCCUCUUUGACAUGAAAAAGAGCCUUAGACUGAGAAUGCAAAACCCUUCUAAAUUUGGGUUUAAAGAAGGGGAAGAAGCAUGUUGUGGGACUGGGAAGUUGAGAGGAGUAUUCAGCUGUGGAGGGAAGAGAAUUGUGAAAGAAUAUAAACUGUGUGAAAACCCUAAAGAUUAUAUAUUUUGGGAUUCACUUCACCUCACAGAAAACACUUACAACCAAUUUGCAAAUUUAAUUUGGAACGGUGGGCACAUGUCAGAUUCUCUAGUGGUUGGCCCAUACAGUAUCAAUAAGUUAUUUCAGAUUUCUUGAGUUGAAUGUAUUACACUAUAUAACACACAUGGAUGUUGAUUAUGUUCAUUUGUUACAAACAUUUUCGUUCCUUUCUAGUUCUAAAACUUUAAAAUAAUGUGAUGUCAUGUUUUCCGCUGCUC